AUGAGUCAUUUCGCAAGAUUGGUAGAGCUAUUGAAUGAAAAUGCAAAAAAUUAAUAAUACUCAGAUUUAAACUAAAUAGUACAAACACUCAUUUAAUUUUCAUUUCCUCAACAUACUUAUUAGAUGAUUUGUAAUUCUCUCUCCUUAUUGAUUGCUAAAACAGGAAAUGAAUAAAUAAAAUAAGUCGUUGAGAUUUUAUUGCAACAUAUAAACAAGAAGGGAUCCCUUAAGAGUAUUGCUUUGACUUUACUUGUCACAUUAAUUCAGCUAACCAAACAUGAAAUCCAAUCCUUUUCCUAUACUUUAACCUAAGAUAUUAGCGCUGCCUUGAUGAAGUUGUUAAAGAACUCGGAUUAUCGUUUGAGCCUCUGCAAUUCAUUGCAUUUCUUAAUUGAAUCGUAAAAGAAUGAAAUUCUAAAAAUAUCCCUCAAAUUUACUUUAAAUGAAAAACAUGAGACACUUUAAUAAGCAGGAAUGCAAACUCUAAUAUAUUUAAUGGAAUAGGAAGUGGUAUCAGAACAAAUGUAUUUAAUAGCUUAUAAAUCAGAUGACUCUCCCCUAUUUUAUAAAUAUUUUUCUAGAUACUUGUUUUAAUAAUAAAAUAUAGUAGCUCUAACAAAAAAGGAUAAAGUAAAGUAAUAGGUACAACUUCAACCCAGAGAAUAAGCAUAAAAAAUAUUUCAGCUUUUUGAUGAAAAUUUAUCCAAAUUUCCUUCAAAUAUUGUUGGGAAUAUAUUCAUAGCAUAUAAGAAGUAUAGUUUCAAUUAUAUUUUAAGAUAUUUGAUCCAUGAAUUCAAGAAAUUAGGUCUUUCUAUUGUGAGAGGAUCUUUUGAGAUCUCUUGUUCGUAUUUAGGAUGCAUGGCAUUAGAAGAUCCAUAUCUCCACACAGUUUAUAAAAAGUAUCGAAUGAUGUUAAUAAUCUAGAUCAGUUAACCUAUGUCUCUAUAUGGUUUAGCAGGUUUAAUUGAAUGAAAGAAAGGAUUUAUUAGAGUAUUUCUUUGACAAGAUUUCAAAGGCAAAGAGCUAAAAAUGGAAUGUUUAUAUUUAUAAACUGCUCUUGAAAGGAAUGAAUUUCUUAUUUGAUACAUUAGGUUCAAAUGUAUUUGAUGAUAAAAGAUCAAAACCAUCUGAAUUUAUAGAUAUAUUGACUCCUAUUUUUAGAAUCAAUGAUAUUUUAUAGCAUCCAAUGAGCAUAGAUAAACCCAUCUGUAUUAGUGUGAGUAGAAAUUUAUUCAACACUUUUGAGUCUUUAUUCCAAGAAAAUAAAAAGUGGUAAUAAAGCAUUUUGUCAGCCAUACUUAAUUAUGCCAAAAUUACAUUGGCAGAACUCAAUGUAAAGGAAACCAAUUCAUUGAUAAAUUAAUUAAGAAUUUAAUGUGCAUUAUUAUCGAAACUGUUCUCUUUGUUGGACUUAUAAUUGCAUUCAAUUUCAAGUGAACUGAUAAAUCAUUUAUGGGAAACAGCGAAAUCAUUUCUAGAAAAAUCCUCUUAAUUAAGAAGAAUUGGAUGGAUCACAAUUGCAGAGUUAUUGAUGGUUCCUUAUUUUGGGACAACUAAUAAAGUUAAGGAAAUCGGGAUAUUGAUUGAAAAAAAUCUAACUUCUAAGGAUGAGAUAAAAGAUGAAUAAUAAUUAUAAAGUUAUUGCGGUGUUGGCCUUGUCAUUACUUCAAUACUAAAUAGUAGUACAUUAUCAAAAUAAAUUAAGGAUACAACUAGAAAGUUUUUGGCUUAAUAAACUAUUUUAAUGUUUAGUAAGUUAUAAUAAUGUAAAUUCGAUAAGUAAUCACCAUUUGUGAUAUCUUCUAAAUAUGUAUUUUAUUAGGCGAUUAGAUAAAUUCAACCAAAAUAUUAUUCAAAUGAAUUAAAUUCACUUGUAUAAUUUUGCCUUGAAGAUAUAAUAAAUGGAAAUUCACAGUGGAAUUAAGUAAAUGUUCAUAAAAAUAAUCAUUAUGUUGAUGAACUUAUGGGAAUUCCUCGAUCAGAAUUUUAAUUAGUACUAGCAGCUAGCAAAUUUCUAGGUCAUAUCAUUUCAUCAUAAUCAUUUACCCUCAAAAAUAAAAUCAAUUUUAUUCGAUAUGUAAAUGGUACUCUACAAACCUAAGUAGUAAAUUUAAAAGAUGUCUAAUAGAAGUAAUCAAAAUAAUAAUGUUAUUUAUUUUGUCUUUAUUAAAUUGCACUUAAAAUUUAUUAGGCCAAUUCACUUGUAUCUCAAGAAUUCAAUGAACAAAUAUUUUAAAUUAUUAAUUUGUGUUAAUGUGUUGAUAAUUAAAUCCAAUAAUUAUGUGCCCACCUUUAUUGUUCAAUGUUAUAAAUUAAGGAUGUCGACUAAGCAGAAUAAUUAAACUAGUUGUUAUCCUAAAAGUCAUAAGCUAAUUUCACCUAUUUAGUUUUAGAGAUUCUGAAAAAAAAACUUGCUGGAGUGUAAUUAUAAGUGCAAAAUCUCUUAAUGAAAGUAUUAUCAUAAAUGACAACUGAUGUUGCCAAAGUUAUUCAACUCUUUUAGUAGAUUGAUCCAAGUUUACUCAAAAACGUUUGGGUGUUCCUUGUAUUUGCAAUAAGCUAAAGUGAUAAACCUAUCUAAAUAUACUAAUUUAAAAUUCUGUCUGAAAUUAUUUUGAAUUAUGUUAGAAAUGGUGGUAUUAAGGAUAAUUACUUUAAUAUCAUCUAUCAAGAAUGUAGAUGCAGGCUAUAGUCAAAAUAAUUCUAAAUUAUAUAAUUAGACUUUGCAUUAGAAUAAGACACUGAAUAAACAGUGACAAAAGCUAUUAAUUUAUUAUUAAAAAAACCAUCUCUUAAAAUUGCAGUCUUUAUAGAUUAACUAACUGAUAAGUAUACUAUGCCUUCUUUAGUCUAACCAAUUUUAUUUGUUCUAAAUAACCUAUUUUCUAAUUAGAGAGUUCACUCCACCUAAGAAUAAAUGGAACUUCGGAAUUUGAUGAAAAAUAUUUUCAUAAAAGUGUAUAAUCAACCUAUUGAAGAGUUACUUCAACUUCUAUAGCCUUAUAUCUUAGAUGAAGUGAUACCUGAUUAAUAAGAAAGAAUACCGAUUCACAUUAAAACAAGAAUAUUUCUUUUAAAAAGAUUGUAAAAGCUAUUUAAAUAAUGUGAUACAUCAGAUCAGGUAUUUGAUUUUCUAUUCAAAAUUACAACCUCCAUCUAUGAGGAAGCAAAGGAAAUAUCAUAUGAUAUGUUCCAACACUUUUUUUACAAGGAGAAGGACCUAUUAAGUUUUGCAGCUCAAAUAGAUUCAAUAUUAUGUGAUACAAUUAGAAGAGAAAAUUAAAACCCUCCUUCUGUAAACCUAACGAACAUGAAACUUAUUAGUAAAUUUGCUAAAAUUGUAAAAGAUGAAUUUUUGGCUACAAAAUUAAUUUAAUUAUUAUCUAAACCAUUGUUAAAUGAAGGCAGAAAGAAACUAGUUCCUAGCUAAUUUUUUAGCGAAAAGUCAUAACUCAAUAUCCUCAUAUAAAGAAUUGUUUCAUUAGGAAGUAUCUACAGAAAAAUACCAAACUAUUUUGAUUAAACUCUUAUAGAGUAGUUGAAAUGUUAUGUUGAAGAAUUACUAGAAGAUAUAUUUGUGAUUCUAUGUACACCUAGAUCUCAUGUAAGGGAAUAUCAGUCUUAUAAUUUUGUCUACAAUGGAAAAAAAUAUAGUUUUGAUCAAGGCUUUCUCCAUCAAUCUUUGCCAAAGCUACUGCGGAUAUCAAACCUUGAUAAGCCUAUUCACUUUACUCUAAUUGGCUACAUUGUUACAUAAUAUGUAAGAUUAUUCAUUAUUUUUAGGGAGCAUUUGAACAAAAUGAGAAUAUGUUCAAAAAGACUAUGGAAAAUCUUACAAAAGAAAGAAUAUUAUAAUGUCGAGGUUAUAGAAUAAAAGGAAUCCAAUUACUAACUGAAGCUGUCAAUAAGAAUCCUCAAAAUUAAUUACUGAUUAAUGGAGUUCAAAACUUAUUGCCUAUAAUCUCAGCAGAAGCACCUCAUUCUUUAGUUAUUUGUUAACAAUUUUAUCAAACCCUUAUUCAUCAUUAAAUUGAUUUAUAAUUAAUCCUUGACCCUUUAAUUCAAAUUUAUUAAAUAACAGUAGAUUAGAACUUAAAAUUAAAUUGUUUAGCAUCUUUGUUAAAAAUAUCUUAACAAAAUCCAUAGGCUUCAGAUUAAAUCAAUACUAUAUUUUGGGACUUUUUGCUCACCUAAGAAUAUGAAUUUAUGAGGUGCGCACAAUUAAUUUAAUUUUAUAAGGAUAAAAUCUAUAGUUUAAAGUAUUAUGGUUAUAUUUAGACAAUUUUAUAAGCAAUUUCUGGUACCUAAAAAAUGAGAUAGGAAGAUUAUUACAUAUUAUUAAAUUUAGAUGGUUUAAUCAACAAUCAUUAAGAUAAUUAGGGAUAUUGUUAAUUAAUAGAUUGUAAGAUAAUUUGUAAUUAUAUAAAUAGUGCAUUUUACAAAUCUAGUGUCGAUUGCCUUGAACUUAAUCAAACAAAUUAAAUAGAAUCUAUAGCCAAUUCUAAACUGUGUGCUUCCUGCAAUAUAUCGGAAAAUCUCAAAUAAGGAAACCGAUUCAUAUAUUUUGAUAGGAAAGUUUCUGUUGCUCAGUUACCUAUUGAGCAAUUAAAAAUAACAAAUAUUUCACAGUACUUUCAGGAUUAUGGAUCUUUUUACAGAGGAAAACUUGGAUGCAUCUAUUGUUGAAGCUUCAAAAUAAAAUUUGAAAAUCAUAUUGAUGAAUACUUAGAUGAAUUAAUUAAAUUUACCAGAUGACUUAUCUGAGAAAGUCUAAUUAAUAUAGGAGGAUAUUUAAAGGGAGAUGUAUGUUAUAUAUUUAAAACUAUAGUUAAGAAAAGCAAUAGAGAGAAGCUAAACAAAGACAACCUUAACAAUCUGGAUAAAUCGUAUUAAAGAUGUUUGGGUGA